GCAGCAAAAGGCGCCUGCGUUUUGCGGCACCGUAGGUGAGGCCGGCAGCGUGGGACUUGGCUCAGCGCGCUCUGCCGCGUCCGAGCUGCUUCACCGGGAAGGCCAGCUGCAAUUAGGACUUGGUGGAGCUCAGGGGACCAGCUAGCAUUCUCUCAUCGGGUAAUUGGACCCAACUGUCACCCAGUUCGAAAUGCUUUACCUGAUCGGCUUGGGCCUGGGAGAUGCCAAGGACAUCACAGUGAAGGGCCUGGAAGUUGUAAGACGCUGCAGUCGAGUGUAUCUGGAAGCCUACACCUCAGUCCUGACUGUAGGGAAGGAAUCCCUGGAAGACUUUUAUGGAAGAAAAUUGAUUCUUGCUGAUAGAGAAGAAGUGGAACAAGAAGCAGAUAAUAUUUUAAAGGAUGCUGAUAUCAGUGAUGUUGCAUUCCUUGUGGUUGGUGAUCCAUUUGGAGCUACGACACAUAGCGAUCUCAUUCUGAGAGCAGCAAAGUUGGGAAUCCCUUAUCGUGUUAUACAUAAUGCCUCCAUCAUGAAUGCUGUAGGCUGCUGUGGUUUACAGUUAUAUAAAUUUGGCGAGACAGUUUCUAUUGUUUUUUGGACAGACACUUGGAGACCAGAAAGCUUUUUUGACAAAGUCAAAAAGAACAGACAGAAUGGCAUGCACACAUUAUGCUUACUAGACAUCAAAGUAAAGGAGCAGUCUUUGGAAAAUCUAAUCAAGGGCAGGAAGAUUUAUGAACCUCCUCAGUAUAUGCAUGUAAACCAAGCAGCCCAGCAACUUCUGGAAAUUGUUCAAAAUCAAAGAUUACGAGGAGAAGAACCAGCAAUCACAGAGGAGACACUCUGUGUUGGCUUAGCCAGGGUUGGAGCUGAAGACCAAAAAAUAGUAGCAGGCACUUUACAACAGAUGUGUACUGUGGACUUGGGAGAACCAUUGCAUUCCUUGGUUAUCACAGGAGGCAGCUUGCAUCCACUUGAGAUGGAGAUGUUAAGUCUGUUUUCCAUACCAGAAAACACCUCAGAAUCCCAAAGCAUCGAUGGACUCUGAACAUGGACAUUUUCUACUCUGGCACAUUAAUUUCAGUUAGAUAUGGAUAUACACAUCUUUGUAUAACAAAUUAAGCAGGUCUUUUGUUUUAACUAGUAAGUAUAAAACAAAUAAGCAAGAAGAAAGAAACCAACAAUGCUUGAUUUCCUGUGGCAAUAAGUUUUUCCCCAUGUUAUCAUUAGUUGUUGCUAUUUUGUCAGCUUUUCAAGAUGUACACACAUGGAGCAAGUUAAGCUGGAAAACUUGUAAAUUGACGUCCAUAGAAUCAUUUUAAAAGCAGAUUUUGUCUUUGAGAGCAGUAAUAUAAGGUAGUUGGUGCAGAGUAUAACUUAGAGGAGGUGUAAGGUGAAUCACUUGAAUCCUAGUUUUAAAGGGUAAGAAAUGUAGGAGUGGCAAGUAAAACAAAUAAAAGAACUGGUAAUAAACACUUCACAUAUUGAUUUUCUUUUUUUCAUAAAAUGUCAGCUGUCCUGACUGUAAGAUGAGUUAAUCCUGACAGCGCCUGGUAUCGGGACUUCUAAACAAUGGUGGGAGGAAUAGCUGUCCACCCAGCAACCUACUCAGAGCACAUGGCAUACAAUGACUGCCUUCUGAACAGGGUGUCUUGGUUAGUUGACAUCUUAAUUAUGUGACUCAUUUUGUAUUUUGGAAGUUAUAUAAUUGUUGAAUUAUAAAUGUUCAGCUAGCCAUGUACUGUUGCUAUUUGAUUUUAAAUAGACUCUUUCACACCAAGCAGACAGAUGGAAAACUUKCUGACUACAAAAUAAAUUUUUAAGAAUUCAGAUUUGAAGACAACAAGAGAUUGGUCAAAAUCCAUCAUAGCACUUAAUUUAGUAAAGAUGCCUUCAUAUUUAUGCAGGUAGUUACAUUCUCCUUACUGGUUCUAGAUAACUCUCAUUUAUUGUACUUUAUGACCAUAAAGUUUUAUACUUUGGUCAGUUCAGAAUAGAAAUAGCUUUGUUACAUGUUAGUUCAGUUAGUCCAGUUUUGAGUAUUUCCAUGGCCUAAUGAAUUUGACCUCUUUGCUUAGUAAGUUCAUUGAAAGUUGAACAAAAAUUCCCCAGUUUCAUGAUCUUAUCAAUUAUCAAGAAAUUAUUUUUACUURUUGGAGAUAAAAGAUUUUUAUGUAUGUGAUACAUCCCAUUUUCUGUCUGUGUACAUAAAAGGGGAGAGAGCUGAAGACCUUUCAGUACCAGUUCUACAUUAUUUUCUCCUGAGGUAUUAAACCAAACAUUUAAUUUAAAUGAAGAUCUUCUUAUUUUGGUAAUGGUAGAAUAGCUUAUAAUGUAUAUACCCUCCCAAGUAUAAACUUCAGGCAAGUAAAAUAACAACUGUCCAAAGACACUAGGGAGAAUAGGAAAGACAGUAGAAUGAAUCGGACAUAACUUUCCUAAGUUCAUACAUGAAUACAGGACCAGUGUAACUGCACAGCUUGUUCAGC